AUGAUGAUGAUGGUGAUGACGAUCAAGCUGAUGAUUGUCAAUGUGUUGUUGAUGAACAGGAAGACCAACGGCCUCAGCAGCGGGUCCAAGCGGUACCGAGCACGAUUCGUGUUCGUAGGUGCAGGUGGCUAUUCCCUUCCGGUUUUGCAGCGAUCGGGCAUCCCAGAGAUCCGAGGGUUCAUGGGGUUCCCGAUCAGUGGCGAGUUCCUGGUGUGCCAGAACCCCGAUGUGGCCAGCAAGCACGUGAGCAAAGUCUACGGCAAGGCUGCCAUUGGCGCUCCCCCGAUGUCAGUGCCGCACCUCGAUGCCCGGCGAAUCGGUGGGCAGCCAGUGCUCCUCUUUGGGCCAUUCGCGGGCUUCAGUCCAAGGUUUCUCAAAUCCGGCUCCCUGACCGACCUCUUCAGAUCAAUCAGGUGUAGCAACAUCAUCCCAGCGGCCGCAGCGGGGCUUCAGAACCUGGACCUCUCCCUGUAUUUGCUGAAGCAGCUCAUGGCCAGCAAGUCGCAGAAGCUCGCGGAACUGAGACAGUUCGUCCCAGACGCAAAGGCCGAGGACUGGACCUUGGUGACCGCCGGACAGCGCGUCCAGAUCAUCAAGGGUGACCCCAAGAAGACAGGCAUCCUCCAGUUCGGCACCGAGGUGGUGGCAGCAGAGGAUGGCUCCCUGGCCGGGCUGCUGGGGGCCUCGCCCGGGGCAUCGACUGCCGUGCAGGUUUCGCUCGAUGUCUUGGCGAGCUGCUUCCCAGAGGAUCUGAAGAGGUGGGGCCCUAAACUUCGGGAGAUGAUCCCCAGCUUCGGCAGCCGCCUCUCCGAG